CAGACGCUGCUGCGAUCGGUCGGUUGUUCGAACGGUGUGGUUAGCGGUCGGUGUGUCGGUUGAGUGGAUCGUUUGUGUCGCGGGGCACCCUUACGUUUUAGCACUUUUACCGCUUAAACAGUGGCCCGUUACCACAUGUACUAAAAAAAGCACGAAGCACACGGCAGAAAAAUUGGCAACAAGAUUACAGAGCCCCGUUAGUACGGGAACCGCGUAGCGUAGCGACGACCCUCUAGUUUCCGGCGAUUGCCAUUCGACGACGACGUGCCGCUGUUUUGUUUUUUGUGUUAAGAGAAUCGCCUUAUCACACACGGCCCACGGCACCGCACCGCACCGCACGAUUAUUAUUUUGGUUUACUAUUAUAACAUUUUUCAGUGUGUUUUUUUCUGUGUGUUUUCCAUACACAGAAAAUGUGCACUCCACGAUAACCAUACCCAAUAUAAAAUAUAUACAAGUAUAUAUAUAUAUAACGACAUUUGACUCUCUUGGCUGUAAUUGCACAUUGAGCUAAAUACGAAAAUCAGUUAGUGCCUUGGUGUUAAAAACGUUUUAGGUUUUUAGCACAACGUUUAAGGGAUUACAACAAACGAACGAGCAGUUUCUCAACGACCACAGAUAUCGUUUUCGCUUAUCGAAAAUAGAACAAAAUUCUGUACUCGAAUGCUGCCACCGAAUUGCAGAAAUCGAAAACAACAAAGCAACGCAAAAGGCAACGCGAAUGGAAAUGGGAAGGUGCUAUUCAACAACAUCAACGCUCCAGAUGCACUCGCACUCACACUCACACUCACACUCCGAUUCACAUUCGCAUUCACUGAAGAGAAACUGACCAAAAGGCGAACAAGCGUCGAACGAGAGAAGCAGAAGCUACAGAAUAGAAGACGAACCGAUGUGAUACUUGGAACUAGAAACAACUAAAGCGUUGCAGUAAAAAACCUAUUGAAAUUCACAAAGACUUGAGUGCUAAAAAGACUUGCAAACCAAAAAGAACUCAGCAGAAGAAAACCCUCGGAAAACAUGGAGCACCUCGAUCUGGCGGGUUAUCUGAGUAAUGCACCCACAACGUGGAACAGUUUGGGCAACAGUUUCGAACAGCAAGAUGCCAUUUUCUUGUCGAACUCCCGGCAAAUGCUGGAGCCCAUCAUGGAGGAGACCAGCGAGGAUGAGGAGCAUGCACAAAACAGUUGGAAUGGCUACCACGAGCAGCAGCAGCAUCGGGGCUCCACUGGCAAUUGCGGGGGUGGUGGCUUCUGGAGCUCCACAGAGUCUGAAACCGGUUCCGUAAUACGCAUUGAAGUGUCAAAAGAUAUCGAUGCCAUUUCGGAGAGAGACUUUGCCUGCCCCCCGAAGCGUCCCAGACGCUGCCAGGAGCCCGAGCAGCCACACAGUCUGGAGGAUGGUGUGCAAAUGCGACUGCAUCGCCGCUACGAUGCCGAAUCGCACAACAGUUUGGAGCGAUUCCUGGCCCUGGAGGCCUGUGCCCGGGAUAGCUAUGGCAGUCAGGGCCAGAGGAGCAGCACGGGCAGUCGUCGUGGCGGAAUCUUUGAUGACUAUUACUCCGACAAUGAUUCGUUUCACUCGCUGUCGCGCAGCUCCUCGUUGGUGCAAUUUGAGUCGCUGGAGCGGCAGCUGACGCUGCAGGAACAACACCAGAGCAUGAACAGCCUGGGCAACAGUUCGCCCUCGCUCUUCAACUGCGACAUGGGAGGAGCCAGUGCCAGUGCCAGUGCCAGUGCCAGCGAUAGCAAUCCCGAGAGCAGGCGUGGAUCCGCCACCUCGCUGUCGCUGAUGAAGCGCUACGAAUCCAGCGACGGGCGACUGCAUCAGACGUACUUUGAGCUGAACAAACUGAACUUUGAGGAGCAGCAGCGGGAGCUGUUUGCAAAGAACCUCCUCCAGGCGGAAAUAAAAUCGGAUUCCGAGUCGAGCACCAGCUCCUCCAGCGACAGCAGCGGCCACAGCCUGCUGAGCUCCUGCCAGGGCAGCGGAGUGGCGAGUGGCAAGCAGGAUGGGGCCGCCUCGCGGCGUAUACCACUCAACUCGGCGGAGAAUCUCUCCGAGGAUUCCGGCUACUGUGAGCCGAGCACAUUGCGACGCGAGAAAUCUAAAUCCAUACCAAAGAAUUUCGACAAGCUGUGCGAGGAGGAGGAGGAGCUGCUGCUGGAGGAGUCUGCAACCGUCGUGCCACAUUCCAAAAACUCCAAUGGCGGACAUGAUUUGUGUCAGACGAAAAUAGAGCAGACGACGGAGACUACAGCAACGCCAGCAGUAGCAGCAUCGGCAUCGCCAUCGGCAUCGGCAGUAGCAAUGCCCAAGCCCAUGCCCAUGCCUCUCUCUCCGUCCGAGUCUAUUAAUAGCAGCACGGAGAGAGCAUCAUCAGCAUCAGCAUCAGCAUCGCCACUGCCAUCGCCCAGCGGAUCAUCGGCAGCCUCAUCGUCGUCCGCCGCCUCGUUCACUUGGCUGCGCAACAGUUUGCCCGACAUAUGCGAGCCGCGAGGUUCAUCGUCAUCGCCAACGUCCGCCAACAGUCGCCAGCGCCACAUCAACGCCGCCAUCGAUCCCUCGUUGCCGUCGUCGUCGUCAUCGUCGUCGUCGUCCAAGUGUUUCCCAGAGGAAAACGAUUUACACGGCUACGUGCUGGCCAGUAGCGGAAAUCCACGUUGCAGUGGGAGUAGCCGCAGCAGCAGCUCCUCCUCCUCCUCCUCCUCCUCAGACUGCUCCCCGGUCCUUGGGGCCACCUCCCUGCCCAACGAGCUGCAGCAAUUGGGACGCCGUCGAGCGCGUACGCGCCACAAUCGUCCAGCGCCACGGAACUGCCACAGCAACAGCAGCGGUGGCAAUAGCUCCAGCGAGGAAUACGACUUGGAGGAGGAAGAGCGUCGCGACGACUUCUUCCUGGACUUUUGCCAGCUGCCAAGAAUACGCAGGAGCUGCAGCUGGAACGUGGGCAACAGAGGACUCGGAGGAGGAGCCGCCUCUUCAGCUGCUGCAGCAUCCACCGGCGCGGGUUACAUGAAUGCCAGCUACCAGAAUCUAACACUUUUGGAUUACACGGACACGCAGCCUGAGGCGGAGGAUCUGCAGAGGAACUCUAAGCGAAGUCUAGCCACAGCGGAACCCCUGGAGGGCCAACCCCUGGCAAUGUCUGACAGGAGCAGUCAACCCUUGGAAAUGUCCAACCGGAGCAGUCUGUCCGGCGGGGACUACGAGCAGAUCAUCUGCAAAGGCAACUUUUUGUUGGAUGAAUUAAGCAAAAUCUACGACAAGAAUGUGUCCAUUCUGAAUGACAGACCAGCAACAGCAGGAGCAACAGCAGGAGCAACAGCAGGAGCAGUGGAUCAGGUGGAUUCCUGCCAAAAAUUUGAGGAGCCAGAGCAACCGCCACAGGUGCAGCAUGUCCAACUGACGAUAAGGAAGCCACCGCCACGCCAGAAGAGAGUCAGUGCAGAGGCCAAUCCCACGUCCACACCCACACAGAGACCCAAUCUGCCUCCCGCUGCUGUGCUGAGUUUUUCGAGUUUCGGCAAGACCUUCGAUCAGGAUCCCACAAAUCUGCGCACCUCCUAUGCCCAGUCGCUGGAGCAGUGCAACUUCGAUGCCCAGGAAGUGAGCCCCACGAAGGUGCCGCCCCCCAGGGCGCUGCCCAAGAGGCGCUUCCAGUCGCAAGCGGCGGCGGCCAAGCAAAAGAACCUCGUCAGCAGCACACCCAAUCUCUCGGCGUACGACAACAGCAACGGGGAGACGGAGGAUGACAUCUAUGUGAGCAGUGCCCAUACAUCAAUGCACCAGUUGCCACAGUCGACGAAUCAGCCCAAACCUUUGGGCAUACUCCUGCCUGCCGGCUCACGGAACUCGUUCAGCAAGGAGGUGAGCUUCUGUCCAGUAGUCAGCAAGUACUGCUGGCAGGAGCAGUCGUCGGAGGAGCCGCCGGAGGAUCCAGGACAGGGCAGCGACACUCCCGGCCACUCUGACGACGAUGAUGAGCUAAUGGAUAAUGUGGACGCCACUGUAAUGCACAAUACCAAAGAGAAUGAGAACAUAGCGGCGCGCUACAACCAAGAGCAGCAGAAAAGAGAAGCACAGCCGGACGAGAGCGUAGUGGUCGAAGUGAGCAUCGAGGUGGAAGAGCACGCAACAGCAGAAGAGAGGUUAGCCACGAUCGCAACCGCAGAGAGCGAGGCCGAAGAGAGCGAUGACAACAACGAAAACAUCGCAAACAUCGCAGCCGUAGCCGCUGCCGCUGCCGCUGGCGUAGCCGAACUCGAUUCGGAGCCCCGACACGAGCCCGUUUCAAGCACAGCAUUCAUUCUCGAACAAACACGCGGAGCGCAACCAUCGCAAUCGACACCGUUAUCGACAUCGCCAUCGCCAUCGCCUUCCCACUCUUUGCCAUUCUCCGCCAGUCGUGAUACCGCGCCCCCUCUGCGUCCCCUAAGCCUACAUCUACCGAUCCUUAGUGAACCGCCCACGAACCGCGCCCACCACAUACUCUACGCCUCCCAGCAGCUGCUGCAGCGCUACGACGAGGAGGAGCCACACGAGCGCGAGGAUCGCCGCCAAAUGGCACCCGCCGCCAGUGGUACAGUGGAGUCGCCCACACAGCAAAGGGGUGGAAAGUCGCCCGGAAAAACAGACGACAAGCACCCGAGCUCCAAGAGUUUCCUCUCCAGAUUCGCCAAUGGCCUGCGCUUCUCCUUGAGGCGCAAAAAGAAGCAGCAACUCGAACAGAAGCCUCCGCUCACAAAGGCAGCACCCGUGAAGGCCACCAAACAACAGAGCAAUGGAAAGUCAGCGGACUUUAUACACAUACCCCUGAAGCCGCCAAGGAGUGCAGCAUCCAACGCCCAGACGCUGGACGACAGCAAUGCCUCGGAGGCCAGUACAGCGAGUGUGCACAGUGGCUCGACUCUGGCUAAGACAUCCACAUUGCAAAAGGUGGUGACCGGUAAGCCACCGCUGCCCAAACAGCCACCCAGAUUGACGCAUGCGCCUCCGCCAAUGGUGCCACAAAUGGUAGCAAGUGCUACCCAUGCCUCGGAGGCUUUGUUGAGCGCCGAACGGGAACAGUAUCGCGAGUUUGCGGACCAGUUGUCGGCGGGCAUGCAAGCGGCGAGGAUGCGGGAGACCGAGUCGCCGUCGCGGGCCACCGUUGCCCAAAAGACGCAAAUGUUCAAUCAGCUGGUCGCUGGAGCCGGUGCCGGUGCCGUUGCCGGUGCAGGUUCCGGAAUGCGCCCAACAAUGGUCACUGCCGUACCCGUGCAAGUAUCCCCCGUAAUGGAUGAGGACGAUGGAUCCGGUAAAAUGGGUCUGAUUGAGACGAAUCUGGACACCCACGAGACGGUCAUCUCGGGCAAAACACGCUCCCUGAUGGACAUCACCUGCAAUCCACAGAGCCAGCCCCACAAGCGGUAUCUGGUGAAGCGUCUGAAUGUGACCAGUGCCGCCUACGAUGUGGAUGUGGACGAUGACCUUCUCGAUGGGGAUGUGGUAGUCAAUGGACACCGCAUCAAAUCCUCGCCAGCUGCAGGCGGUGUACAGAUAGCGUCCGUUAGGAGGCCGCACAAGAGCAUGGAGUUUCUGUUGGAUAAGGAGAAUCAAAGGAAUGUUUUGCCCCCUGAGAAUGAGCUACAGAAAUCGCACGAUCACAAUCCGGCCGCCCUGAGUGAGCAUCAGCUGCGUGUCCAGGCCUCGCUGCAGCGUUUGAAUAUACCCGAGUGGUUCCGUGCCUACAACCAGGCGGCCGAAGGUGCGGCUUCAGGGGGCACCGCGGCCUCUGGCGGCGGCUAUCGGCCGGGUAAUUUCACGCGUAAGCGCACCCAGGACUCGGGCCGCUGGCAGGGACUCAACUCGAAGACGACCUCGCUCAGUUCGCUUGGCUCGCACUCGCAGCGCUCCGAUCGCAGUCCUCUGCUGUUGAGUCCCUCGGCGCACAGCCACCAUGGCGGCCAGAGCAGCAGUGUGAGCGGCGGCUCCGCGGCGGGGGGAGCAGCGCAUGCCCAUGGCCAUCAGCAGGGACACGGACACGGACAGGCACAGGGACAGGGCGGAGUGGGGGCCACCAGGUGGUCCACCUCGCACCUGAACUCCACACAGACCUCGCCGAGCGUCUCGCAGCGUGGCAGCUUCGCCCGUGGGGCGCCCAUCAACAGCAGCUUCAUGUCGGUGGCCAGCAACAACAGCAGCGUCCUGAGGAACUCCUACCGCCAGCCGUAUCUCGGAUGGCGAAGCACGGAGAAGCUAUCCCAGCGGACGCCACACGAACGUCUCGCCAGCUCUCUGCUGGCACAACGCACAACCCCAUCACCCACGUCGGCGGCUCCAAAUGGCGGACGCACUCUGCAGGCGGUAACGCCAGAGAUCCAGAGCUCCAUCAAGGAGGUCACCUCGGCGAUUGUCCACUACGUGAAUGACCAGCAACUGUCCCAGCAGCAGCAGCAGAAUCGCAGCCGAUCCGCCAGUCCGAAUUCGAGAAAGUGCUGGCUUGAGAGCAGCUUUGUGGGCACACGACCAUUGGACUCGCCGCAGACACCCGUGAUUGACAGCAGCCCCCCCGCCACAGCCCAGCAGCAGCUGUACCAGCAGCAGUACCAGCAAUACCAGCAGCAGCAGCUCUAUCUGCACCAGCACUAUCCCCAUCUGGAUGCCACCUCGUCGUCGGUGGUAGCCGCUGGACAGCCGCCACUACGCAUGAACGGACUGAGCCGAAUCGGCGGCGGUGGCGCGCCCGAACGCUCCUUGAGCAGCGCAUCGCUAGAAGAUGUCCUUGCCUCGCUUCUAGGACUACCAACAGCCUCCUCGUCCCAGAACAGCCAGAACAGCCAGAACAGCAACAACAACCAUCAGAACCACAACAACAGAACACAAGCGAAUAACAAGGCACCCACGCAGACGACAGCGGGAGAUUCAGCUAGUCGCCAACAGCUGGAGGUGCUAUCGGCAGCCGAACAGCAGAGACUGCGGCGCCGCAGCGAGGGAGACGCCCCCAGCCAGAAGAAACAGCAGCAGACAGCACAGACCCAAGCACAGUCCCACAACCAAUCGCAAUCGCAGUCGGCCGGAGUUGGUUCAGCAGCAGGUGCAGGAUCAGCAGGAAUAGGAGCAGGAGCAGCAGCAGCAUCGGGACAUCAGCAAACAAAUGCCAGCAGCGGGAGCAGGCGCGUCUCGUUGGGCGACUCCGCGAACACGGACAAGGGCUGCGGAAGCGGAAGCGGGGGCCAGCUCAAUGGGGAGCCGGGACUGCAGAUCCGCUGCCGGAACACCAAAUGCGAGCAGAGCGCCACGCCCGCCGAUGCCAAGAAGCUGUACAAAUCAUGCCACAAUUGUUCCCAUCUAUACUGUUCACGUGAGUGUCGGCGCGCCCACUGGGAGAAGCAUCGGAAGGCGUGCCUGCACUCGCGUGCCUCCAACCUGUGCCGCCAGGUGCUAGCCACCUGCAAGGACGACCUCGACUCGCAGCGGCAUCUCAGUCUGCUGGCCCGCAAAGGCAGCAUCUCCCAGGGACGAGGCGUGGUGCGCGUCCUCUUUCGCAGCGCAGAGGCCGCCGAGGGAUUCAUCAAGAACGGCUUCCAGUGCAUGGGAGAGGCCUCCUACGUGCGCUGGCCUGACCUGAUGCCCGCCGAGAUGGGCCUUGAGCUGUAUUCGGAGCUACUGAAGCUGAGCACGGAGUACAAACCGGAGUCGAAGAUGCUGAUCUACGUGGCCAUCUGCGUGGUCUCCGAGGCGCCAGGAAUGGGACAGGCUCCCGUACGCUGGGAAAGGCAGCUAGUUUCGCGCUGUGCAAAGCUUAAGCUCUGCAAGAGUGUCCUGGCGGAGCUGGAGAUACAGCAGCAGGCGCUGCAACAGCCCCUGGCCGUGGUAGCCGUGCCAGAACGCACUGAAAUCCUUAUACUCACCUUCAACCCCGGCCUGAGGGCAGUGCCUGGGAGUCGCGAGCUCAUCCUGUCCAACAUCCUGGACAUUCUGUCACGCCGAGGAGUGCUGCUGCGUAAGCACUACCCGGAGAUCUAUCAGCGCCUACAGACCUACACCGAAGGCCAGACUGACAAGUUUCAUCCCGUGACGCUGCACCCGCGGGACUCGCAAACGGGCCAGAGCUUCGUCUGCAUCAUCAUGCCGGUGCAUACGGACAGCGAGUUUAUCAAGCUGCCCUCCGCAGCCGAUGGCGGCAAUCGGGUGACCACCAUCGAUGUCGGCUCGCCGGCAGCUCUCGCCCAGCUGGAUGAUGAUGAGCUGCUGACCCGCACCACGCCAGCAAGUUGAUUAAAGGCCAGCAGCAGCAUCGCCAGCAACAAGGGCAGCAACACGCCCAGGAGAACUGGAAGCGUGACGCCUCCACACGCUUCACUAUAUAGCGACGCCCUGGGAUGUGGCCUGGAGAGCACGCGAAUGUGAAGGUUGCUCCUUCCCUCGAUGGCUUACAAGCGGCUUCUAUGCAUUGUUCUCUAAACUCUAAACUCUAUACAAUAUACUUUCCCUCGAGGGCACUACAAUCUCAAUGGAGUUAUCCAAACAACUUAUAAUCCCAUCCCAAUCUGUCAUUCCAUCACAGCGCGAAACUAGCUUAGGACAUUCAUAUGUGUGUAGUAGUGCUGUAGUAGUGCCCUCGUCUAGUUAGUCGAGAUAUUCAGUUAUUCUUCGAGUAGUUAGCGGGCGUGUCUGUACGAUGGCAUAGCCAGAAUCUCCAUAUAUCAGUAGGGCCCUCCACUUGUUGUCUGAAACACCACAAAAAGCAUAUUCGUAUUCGUAUUCGUAUUCGUAUAAAUCCCCCAAUCAAAUCAUAAAUACCAGCAGCAAGUUGGCCAACCUUUUCAACUCUAUCUAUCGAUACCAAGCCAAGCUUUACAACAUACUAUCCACAUAAAUGAUACAUACAUCAUAUAUCUGAGCUUAUGGGAGCGACAUUCAGUUAUCUAUCGUUUGAGCCACUAACAAGGAGGUCUAAACCACACAUACAAUACAUUCAAAGGUAUAUCCUUCAGCUUCCAAUAAACAAAUUAAUAAACACUAAAUGUGACGUAAUUGAUCGCGAAUAGGAGGAGUAAGUAACCCGCAACAAAAAGAAGCAAAGGAUUUCCUACUAAGCUGCAGCGCAACCUCACUUUUUAUAAAGCAAUCCGAACGGAAUAUCACACUAACUAAAUAACUAUAGUUGUCGGACAUGUUCUAUGUAAUAAUUCAAUAAGAGCAACAAAGCUUGCUUAUGGCCUUAUUUAAAGUUUGUUAAACUUGUUCAGCCCCCCAAACAAAAAA